AUGGCUGUGCUUUUGGAGAGUGCAGUUAGGAAUUGUGAUAAUUUCCAAGUGAAACAAUCUGAUGUUGAAAAAAUUUUAGACUGGGAAAAUAACCAGGCUCUUCCAGAUGGAGCAGAAGUAUCCUUUAAACCAGCUAGGGUAAUAUUACAGGACUUCACUGGAGUACCAGCUGUUGUGGAUUUUGCAGCUAUGAGAGAUGCUGUCAAGAGGCUGGGAUCUGAUCCAGAUAAGAUAAACCCUAUUUGUCCAUCAGAUCUUGUUAUUGAUCAUUCAAUACAAGUUGAUUUUAUUAGGAGUAACGACGCCUUGAAAAAAAAUGAAGAAAUUGAAUUUGAAAGGAAUAAGGAAAGAUUUAUGUUUUUAAAAUGGGGCGCUAAAGCGUUUCAAAAUAUGCUGAUUGUACCUCCAGGAAGCGGAAUAGUGCAUCAAGUGAAUUUAGAGUACUUAGCAAGAGUUGUUUUCGACACCAAUGGUUUGCUUUAUCCUGAUAGUGUAGUAGGAACUGAUUCCCAUACAACUAUGAUCAAUGGUCUUGGUGUACUUGGAUGGGGUGUUGGAGGAAUUGAAGCUGAAGCUGUUAUGUUAGGACAAGCAAUUUCUAUGUUACUACCAAAAGUUGUAGGAUACAGAUUAGAGGGAGUUUUGAAUCAAUAUGCAACUUCAACAGAUCUUGUCCUUACUAUUACAAAGAAUCUUCGUCAAGUUGGAGUUGUCGGAAAGUUUGUAGAAUUCUUCGGUUCAGGUGUAUCCGAAUUGAGCAUCGCAGACCGCGCGACAAUUUCGAAUAUGUGUCCAGAGUACGGUGCUACAGUUGGAUUCUUCCCCGUUGAUCAACAGAGUUUAACAUACUUAAGGCAAACAGGACGAUCUGAGGAACAUAUCAGCAGAAUCGAGAACUAUCUCACCAGUGUACGCAUGUUGAGGAAUUAUGAUGACCCAAAACAAGAUCCAAUCUUCUCAGAAGUAGUCACCUUGGAUUUGGGAACUGUAGUGUCCAGCGUUAGUGGCCCUAAGAGGCCUCACGACCGUGUUUCCGUUGUGGAUAUGAAGACGGACUUCAGGAAGUGUCUUACCAGCAAGGUAGGAUUCAAGGGAUACGGUUUAUCCCCAGAAAAGGUAGACGCCGUAGGUAUGUUCGAAUAUGAAGGCAAGGAUUACAAAUUAAGGCACGGUUCGGUGGUCAUUGCCGCAAUUACUAGCUGUACCAACACUAGUAAUCCCAGCGUAAUGCUUGGAGCAGGUCUGCUUGCAAAAAAAGCCGUUGAAGCUGGUUUAACUGUUGCGCCUUAUGUUAAAACCUCAUUGUCCCCGGGAUCUGGAGUUGUUACUUAUUAUUUAGAAGAAAGUGGAGUGGUUCCUUAUUUGACGAAAUUAGGAUUUUAUAUCGUUGGUUAUGGAUGCAUGACUUGUAUCGGCAACAGUGGUCCUCUUCCAAAUGUUAUAGUAGAGACUAUUGAAAAGAAUGAACUCGUGUGUUGUGGCGUGUUGUCCGGUAAUCGAAACUUCGAAGGAAGAAUUCACCCGAACACGCGAGCAAAUUAUUUAGCAUCCCCACUCUUAGUAAUCGCUUACGCCAUUGCUGGAACAGUGGACUUAGAUUUGGAGAAGGAACCGCUUGGUCGUCGAGCGGAUGGUACACCAAUAUUUCUUCAAGACAUUUGGCCUACUAGAGCAGAAAUUCAAGCCGUGGAACAGAAAUAUGUAAUUCCAGCUAUGUUUAAAGAAGUUUACAGCAAGAUUGAAAAGGGCAGCUCUAGCUGGGCAAGCUUGAUGGCUCCUGAUGGUAAAUUGUAUCCAUGGGAUUCAGCUUCUACCUACAUAAAAAGUCCACCGUAUUUCGAAAUUUUGCAAAAGGAACUACCAAAAAUACAACCAGUGACGAAAGCACGCGUUCUUCUGAAUCUUGGUGAUUCUGUAACGACUGAUCAUAUCAGUCCAGCUGGUAGCAUCGCACGCAAUUCUCCAGCAGCACGAUACCUGUCGGGGCGUGGAUUAACGCCAAAAGAAUUCAAUUCUUAUGGUUCACGUAGAGGUAACGAUGCUGUAAUGGCACGAGGCACGUUUGCUAAUAUUCGUCUAUUGAAUAAGUUUGUUGGAAAACCUGGACCACGUACUAUUUACAUUCCCACUAAAGAAGAGAUGGACGUAUUUGACGCAGCUGAAAAAUACGCGAAAGAUCAAACGCCUUUAAUUAUUCUUGUUGGUAAAGAAUAUGGAUCUGGAUCCUCAAGAGAUUGGGCUGCGAAGGGACCGUAUCUCCUUGGUAUACGAGCAGUUAUAGCCGAGUCAUAUGAGAGAAUACAUAGGUCAAAUUUAGUAGGUAUGGGUAUUAUUCCACUGCAAUACUUACCUGGACAAACUGCGGAGUCUCUGGGAUUGACCGGUAAUGAAUUGUACGAUAUAGUACUUCCCGAAAAUUGCCAGCCUCAUGAAAAGAUUACCGUUACUACGGAUGAUGGCAAAAAGUUCGAAGUGAUUGUACGAUUUGAUACUGAAGUAGAUUUAACGUACUUUAAACAUGGUGGUAUUCUAAACUAUAUGAUUAGAACAAUGGUUUGAUAGUUUUAAGGAUUGAUAGAAUACGAAAAAUCGUAAGAAGUUACUUAAUGUAAUAUUUAAUUUUGGGUUUGGAUUUACAGCAUAUAAUGUCUGAAUGUAUCCAUAUCCUUAUUUAUAGUAACAGGAGCUAAUUAUAACGAACAUAAAAUAUAAUAUUGCUUCUUUGCUAUAAAGCAUAAAAGGACGA